CGUUUUGUUUUGUUUUUCCCAUGCACAUGCAUAUGCGCAGCGGAGAGGGUACGAUGGGCGUAUUAGGCCCAGCGAGUGUGUGUAUUCGCAGUCAAGUCACACAGUCGAGUGACUGCCUGACAGCUACGAGCACAAUACUAGCACUAGAUCAACACAUAGAGUCUGAGAAUUUAAAAUAAAAAAUAUAUCUGCUUUUGUUGGAAUAUUAAAUACAUCUUUAAACAAAAAUAAAUUAUUAUAAGGACUUUUAAAAUUCAUUAAAUCGUUGCUGAGUAAGACGUUUACCAAUAAGAAUGGAGCAACCAGACAAGGAAGUACAAGCUCUCGAAUCCGAAGUUAAAGUAUUGAACACGGAACUGGCACUGCAAAAUGCCGGGAAUAGAAGAAAUAGGCUUAAGCGGGAGAUCGCAGAGUUGAAGGAGGUCAUGGAGAAGCAGAGGAUAGCAUUGGUGAAUGCCAACAAAAACAGGAAGGAAGCUAAGACAAUUAUCUUAAGUCUGAUGGAUUUGAAUCAAAAGGGCGGUAAAACCCCAACAGAGUCAAAUAGUCCUUCAGACAAUGAAGGAUCCUCUGAGGAUUUCGAUUUGGAUGAAGAAUAGAAACUUUUCCAGUAAAAACCCCAAAAUGUUUCUUAAUAUUCGAUUAAAAAUCAAUUAUCAUCUUUAUUUGUCUAAAUUUAAAGAACGGAAUAUAUAAAAUAAAAUUCA